AUGCAUCAUCUCUUUUUUGUAAUACUAUCACUGAUCGGUUUUUUGAACAUCUCGUAUGGUGAUUGGGCACCAAAAAGUUUAACUGAAUCAUAUCAUCCUCGCUAUAGUACAGUCGGUAAUCCAAAUAUCUCACCCGAACAUGACUGCGCGCUUCGAGCUUUCACCAUUGAAAUGGCCACGUAUAUUGAACCUACGUUCUCGAAAACUAAUUGGACAACACUCAGUCAAAGCGCUUUUCAAAUGAAUCAAUGCAACGGUACCUCACAUACUGCUUAUCAACCAUCGAGUUCUGACAAACUGUUCAAGACUGCACCAGAGAUAAAAAAAGGAACUUGUCAUCAUACAGUAUUUGUGCACGAUUUAAAAGGUAAUAAUUUGUUCGAUGGAACAUUCGAAAGACCGAUGAAAACCAUCCAGGCAGCCCUAUCUCUCACACGUACUCUACGUGCUGUGCAUGAUAGUGGCAACACAUUGUGCAUUACUAUACGCGGAGGAACUUACUAUCUCGGAACGAACGCCACCAUAUGGAGUAGUCAAAUUGGUGCGAUUGCACUGACAAGUGAUGACAGUAAUCUUGUGAUUGAAAACUAUCAGGAUGAACGCGUCAUAUUGAGUGGUGGUACAUUAUUACAAUUGCAAUGGUCCGUCCAUGCCAAAACAGCAACUGGUGGUACAAUUAUGAAAGCUCAGGUGCCCCCUUCCGUCAAUCUUGAUCAAUUUAAUGAAUUAUAUAUCGAUGACAGAAGAGCUAUCGUCGCUAAAUAUCCAAAUGGUGAUCCUUCUACUCAAGGCUUAUACGCAAAAGAUCCAGGAUUUUCCUACGAUUCACAACGAUGGUGGCCACCGAAUUUGAACCGAAGCGUGGAAAUUCAUGUACAAGAACCUUCUCGUAACGGCACAGUGUUUACUAAUUAUCAACUUGGUUUGGGUGGCGGUGCUGCUGUUUUCAAUCCGCCUCGCAAUUUUUGGAGCACAGCCUCACCACCUGCUGGUGAUAAUUAUGCUGUUCCUAGUGGUCUUACCGUGAAAAAUGGUGCAUUGCCUCAUAUAAGUAAUUGGAGUACGCCUACGACUGGUUUCGUCCACGCUUUUCAUUCUGGUUAUUGGGGUAGCUGGAUAUUCGAAAUAGCAUCUAUCAAUAGUACACAGAACACAAUCAUAUUUGGUCGAGGAGGUUUCCAAGAAGCACGUGGUUCGCGUGACGGUGGUGCAUUUUAUGUUGCAAACAUUUUCGAAGAGCUUGAUUCACCAAACGAAUGGUUUUUGGACAGAGAUACCCGUACCCUCUAUUUUAUGCCGAACGAAACUAUGCCCAACGUUUUCGUAGCUAGUCAAAUUUCCUGUCUUAUUUCAGUAAGCGGAAGCGGCAUCGAAAAUCCUGUCCACAAUGUAUUGAUUCGGGGCUUGAUACUGACACAAACUAGUAGUACUUAUAUGAGAGAUUACAUGGUACCAAGUGGUGGUGAUUGGGCUGUUCAUCGAGGCGGUACAAUGUAUCUGACAAAUACGAAAAAUGUCACAAUUACACGCCAUUUAUUUACGCAAUUGGGUAGCAAUGGUGUGGCUUUGAUUGAUUUCAAUGAUGCCACGUCGAUCACUUUGAAUGAAUUUGUGUGGUUAGCCGAUUCAGCUAUCAUCCUUGUUGGCAGCACUAAUGGAAUAGACGGUUUUAGUGUGGCUAGUCAACCAGCCAAUACACUCAUACAGUCAAACCUCAUACACGAAACCGGCAUCUAUGUCAAACAAUCAUCACCUGUACUGAUUUCUGUAAGCCGGAGCGUGUCAGUCAUUGGCAAUCUCAUGUUCAAUAUGCCACGAGCGGCAAUUAAUGUGAAUGAUGGUUUCUAUGGUAAUCAUACUAUCAGUUGGAACGUCCUGUUCAACACUGUUCGAGAAACCAGUGACCAUGGACCAAUCAAUUCAUGGGAUCGACAACCGUUUUUGACUGACGCAGUACAGCCAGGUUUACCUUCACUUUGGCAGCAUGGAAGCUAUAUUCAUCAUAACACUCUCUUUAAUAACUACCGCUCAGUAUGGCCCAUAGAUCAUGAUGAUGGCAGUUGUUUCUAUGAGGAUAGCUAUAAUUUUCAAGUGUAUGGAGGCAAGAAAAAUUAUUUAGGUCAUUCAAAAACAGAUCAUCACGAGAUUUAUGUCUAUUCGGAUGUAAAUGGAGGCGGGUUCGGCAGUAAUGUGUGCCUCAGUGAUUACGCACCAACAAGAGGUUCUAGUGGUUGGAAUGAAACUUGGAUCCAGAACACCUGUGUACUCUAUCAAAGUCCGGUGCCCUACAACAUUGAAAAUUGUGAUACAGCCAAUAUCUUUGUACCUUAUUUAGCAAAUAACAAAAUCUAUAUUCCAUCUGGUACACAAGUCGCAUUUACAUGCAAAGUCAAUGGUAGCAGCACACGACUUAGCUUAGAACAAUGGCAAUCAUAUGGUUUAGAUAUCGGUACUACUGUCCAAACGGCACCUGACGUUCAAACAAUCAUUGAAUGGGGUCGUGAAAUGUUACAACGCACGACGUAA